AUGGCGCCCAUAAAGAAGCGCACAACCGCGCGCGCAAAGUCGGCUCGCGCAGCCCGUCCCUCGACUGCGGCUCUUCCAAAGCCUGAUGGCAUCUCCUCGCUCCCCUCUUCCAAGCGCGAUAAGCAGAAGAUCAAGCACUCUUCCUUCGUCUCCAAGAUAGAAAAAUCAUCCGCCAAGACUCAAAAGCGAAGACGACCCAACAACAAGCUGGUCGCAAACCUCGAGUCGCUCGCCGACGCGCUCCCAGAUGCUGCAACAGCCGGCGAGCUCGAAACGAGUCAGGCGCGCAUACUUCAGCCCAAGGUCAAGCUGGAGAGCAUGAAAAGGACAAAGGGCGCGAAGAAGAGGAAGGAAAAGCUCGACAAACUGGAGAAGGAGAGAUUCAACGCGAACCUGGCACAGCUAGUGCGUGGCACUGGCAACGCGACACCGGGCGCUGAUGCAGUACAAGAUCGCUGGGCAGCACUCAAGAGCCAUGUACAGAGUAACAUGGAAACCAAGCCCGAGUUCGCGCAGCAACCAAGUCAGACUCCCAAUAUCUGCCUUUUUCUUACGCUCGCUUUCGUCCCCAUCAUGAACCUUGCCGUAGUCCUCCCCUCCCCCAAAGCCUCCCUCUCUGUCCAAUCUCUCCCCAUUCCCGCGCCAGCAUCAAAAGAACUGCUCAUCAAAGUCUCCACAAUAGGCCUCAAUGCCAUAGAAGCCAAGAUCGCAAAGCUAGGCGCCAUCCCCGUCGCUUAUCCUGCUAUCUUGGGCUCCUCUUACACUGGCACGGUUGAAGCGCUUGGUUCUGCAAUCACGAAUUACUGCAUCGGUGCACGCGUGUUGGUGAGCAACCGAUUUGGUACAACAGGAAAUCAACAUAGUGCCUACCAGAGCUAUGUCCUUGUUGCAGCUGAGGAGAAGAUGGUUAUUCGGAUCCCUGAAGGAAGUGAUGAGGCGGUUCUAGCCAGUCUAGUUAUGAAUGCGAGUUGUGUUCCUGGACUAUUCUCUGGGCAGCUUAGGCUGCGGAGACCUGCUGAAGAGGUCCCAGCUGUGGGAACAGAAGAGGAAAAGAAAAUUCUGAUAUAUGGAGGCAGCUCGAGCUUUGGCCAGCUCUCUGUGCGAUAUCUUCGCCGCGCUGGGUAUGCGGUUAUUACGACUUCUUCACCGCGGCAUGUGAACCGUGUGUGUGAACUAGGCGUGGAUGAUGCAGUGGAUCAUACACUACCUUCUCAACAAGUUAUUCAGGAGCUGAAGGCGAGAGGGCCGUACCGAGUUGUUGUCGAUAUGAUAUCCACUCCACAAACCAUUCUCAUCACAAGCCAGGUUUUGAAAGCGCAGGGUGGUGGUACACUUUACGCUACGCAGCCAUCUUUCGCGCCUGAGGACCUACCAGAUGGUGUACAAAGGGUGUUCAAAGCAUGGUCAGAACCGCUGUAUGAGCAAGAGAACGAGCGUCUACUUGAGUGGGUUAUCGAGGAGUAUCUCCCCUUUGGGAUGCAGAAGGGAUGGAUUGUUGCACAACCUAUUGACAGAGUGCAAGCUGGGCUGGCAGGUAUUGACGGGGCGUUGGAAAACUUAUUAUCGAAUGCUGAAGGCAGUGGAAAGAGAUUCGUUGUGAAUGUGUAG